UAAGUUGUCAAACCAUUAUAACUGUCAUCGAUACAAGUCAUUGUUGCUGUGGGAUAUACUAAACACAUUAGUACGAAAAUUGGCAUAAUUUAAAAUUUUAACUUCAUGCAUUGGACGGAAUAUGGAUACUAAAAAUGUAUAAUCUACUUAGGCCACUGAUAUAUGGUUCGGAUAUGCAAAGAAUUUGUAGAACAGAUUCUCUUUGACAGUAUUGCAGCGAUCCAAUGUUGGCAUUUUGAAAUCUUCGUUGGAUGUUUAUUAUCAAAAUCGAUAGUGAGGUCAUCAAAUUGUGUUUGGGUGCUUAAAAAUCCUGUUGCAAUGUGAAAGUUUGCCUUACUAUACAUAACAAGCCAUACCGAGUUAACAAAAUUGCCCAAUAGAAGUUUCAUUUAUCGAAACUAGUAAUUUCUCAUGGAGAAGAGCGAGGCAGAACAUGUCCCCGCAGAAUCAGCCUUAGAUAUUCCUCCUGCUGAAGUGCCGAAAGACGAUGCUCCAGAGUCUGAAAACGAUGCUACAGUUGCGGAUAAGAAACUGGCUAGUCUUAGACUCUUAUUGGAAAAAGAUUUAUUAGCAGCGGACGUGAAAUGGAGUUUAUUUGUGGCUGCUUGUCAACAUUACAGGCAUGACACUUGUCUCAAACCUUUCCCUCCGAAGUUCCUUAAAGAAGACAGUAAAGACAUUGAUUCAUUGAGAGAUGUUGUUGAUCGUACGCCAUCACUGAAAUUGCUGUCUCAGAUCCUAAAAGAUCCUGACGUUCACCAGUUAGAUCCAAAUAUUGUCGAUCUUCUCCACUGGGUUCUCAAAGGGACACAACAACUUAAACGUAUACCGAAAAAGCAGUUUUCUUCAGUAUUAUCACUGGUGAAGUGUGAUAUACCAUAUGAACCACCUGCUCAUAUUUUCUCUGUCACCUUGAGUGAAGCAGCAAGAGAAGCUUGGUCCGACCUCUCAGCAGGGAGGAAAACAUUGUUUGCCUUUCAUGGCAGUCGACUUGAGAAUUUCUACUCCAUUGUUCAGUAUGGCUUGCAACAGUUAUUAAAUAAGAACUCGCUGUUUGGUUCUGGAAUUUAUCUGUCUACUGAAAUGUCAAUGAGCCUUCCAUACAGUCCAACUGGCUAUGGGUGGGGAAAGAGUAUACUAGGGCCAUCUCUGAGUAUUGUAGCUCUUUGUGAAGCUAUUGACCAUCCUGAUGUACAUUAUCCACGGCCAGUCAAUAAAUCAGCAGCAGCACCUUCUCAUAAAAAACAAAAGGCACCACCCGAUAGCAUUGGUGGUGAAGUGCCUGAAAAAUAUAUAUUGGUGACAAACAGUGACCUCGUCAGAGUGCGUUACUUACUGGUGUACAAUAAACCACAAGCGUCACCAGAAAGGGUUGGCUGGACUGGUAUAACAUCAUGGGUACAGAAUCAUAAGUUACUCACAUUUAUUAUGGGCUACUGCAUCCUCCUCGUAUCUGUUGGGCUCUCCAACAAUCAGGUUCUUCAGAGGCACCUGAGACUACUAUUUCGUCGACCCAACUGGAAUUGGAGUUGAAUAUUUGUGAUACACAUAAAAAGUUGUAUUUUAUUAUGAUUAAAGGUGUAAUAUAAUAAGUGAAGUGCAAUUUGUGUGUAUACUUCAAGUGAGGCUUUGUGAUUGUUACAUGUUGUGACACUGAAAUAUCUAGAGUGUCGGAGUGCAAGCAUUCUUCAAAUUCUGUUUUUUAUAAAUUCAUGUAUAUAUUGUGAAGUGAUGAGUACAAACUUUUCAUACUGGAAA